AUGUUAUUCUACGUGGUGGACUCCAGAUAUGCACACAUUACGGGUUUCAUGACACCAUAUCAUGGUGAAAGAUAUCAUCUUCCGGAGUGGUUGGGGUCUAACCAAUUGCCCGACAAUGCUCGUGAGCUGUUUAACAGACGACAUGCCACUGUCCGUAAUUUUAUCGAACGCAGCUUUGUUUUGCUAAAAGAGAAGUUUCCCAUGAUAAAGGGGUUGAUGUCAAACUACAAAGUUCACUCACCAACCGACAUAGUAAUAGCAUGUUGUGUCCUACACAAUUUUAUUCGGAUGCAUGAACCGCUCGGAAACAUGCCGCCUGAAUUCAGCAACCCAGAAUACGUACGACGACAUGAUCCAACUGAUCGGACUUUCCCUUUUAUGUCGAGUAAUAACUCCAACGUCGGCAGUGGUGAGCAUUGUGUGUUGCGUGACAACAUAGCCCAAGCGCUAUGGGCGAACCGAAGAUAA